AUGUGGAGAGAGAAGACCCUUACCUGGCUAAAAGCGGUCUUUCUUCUGCGCUGCUAUCAGCCCCGCCACGGGUCCCUGGCGCUCUGCCUCGCGCACCUGUCGCGACCUAGCUGCAACACCUACAGCUCUCUGCGGCCCCGCCCCGGUCCGGCUCAGAGCCCCGCCCAGGACCCCGCCCACAGCCGCGGAGGCGCGCACGUCGGCCCGCCUCCUGCGCGGCCUCGGGGUGGGCGUGCGCGCCUCUGGUUGCGUGUUCGCUCUUUGAGGCUGUUAGCUGUGCUCCGCUUUUCUGCGUAG